AUGGUUCUUGUGUGUGUGUGUGUGAGAGAGAGAGAGAGAGAGAUUGAGAGGGAGAGAGAGAGAGAUCACGUAAUGAUGGUGCAAUCGCUAACGAAACACACACUGAGUGUGUGUGAGAGAGAGAGAGAGAGAUGGGUGUGUGUGUGUGUGUGCGUGUGUGUAGAAGGGAGAGGAAUGGCAGCGGCAGUGGUAGUAGCAACUCACCCUUCCCCACUGCCUGCUUUUCUCUUUCUAUCUCUGCGUGUGUGGCUGUGUGUGUGUGGCUGUGUGUGUGUGUGUGUGUGUGUGUGUGAGGUUGUGUUGCUGGUGAUGAACGGGAGGAGAUAUGAAUGUGGCCAACCAGCUGCCGGCCCUCAGCCGCGCAUACGCCUCGGACACGGCUUCUUUCACCGUGAGAGAGAUAGCGAAGCGCAGGGCCGACAGUGCCAGGAGAUGCGCGCUCGCUGUGAACGACCAAACGGCUUCCGUUGCUGUCCUUACUACACCUCAACCACCCCUUUUGCACCCGAUCGUGAGUACAAGGGCCACAAGCUCGAUUCUUUGCCCUCGACCGAGGUCGAACUCACCAAGGAGGAUGCCUUCAAGUACUACAAGGACGCCGCCACCAUCCGCCGCAUGGAAACCCGUGCCGGUGAAUCAUAUCGCAACAAGCAGAUUCGUGGCUUCUGCCAUCUUUACUCUGGCCAGGAGGCCGUGUGCGUCGGCAUGACGGCCGGUUUCCGUCCCGAGGAUAGCAUUAUCACGGCUUACCGUUGCCACGGUUGGGCCUACAUGUGGGGCUGGUCGGUCAAGUCCAUUCUUGCGGAGCUUUACGGCAACUCGGCCGGUGCUUCCAAGGGCAAGGGCGGCUCCAUGCACAUCUAUGGCGAGAAAUUCUUCGGUGGCAACGGCAUUGUCGGUGCCCAGGUGCCUGUGGGCGCGGGUGUCGCGUUGGCUCACCAGUACCUCAAGGACAAUGGUGUCAACUUUGCCUUUUACGGCGAUGGCGCCUCCAACCAGGGCCAGGUCUUUGAGGCCUACAACAUUGCCAAGCUGUGGAAGCUGCCCGUGGUCUUUGUGUGCGAGAACAACAAAUACGGCAUGGGUACCUCCGUCCAGCGCUCGUCGGCCUCCACCCUUUACUACACGCGCGGCGAUUACAUCCCCGGUCUCCUGGUCGAUGGCCAAGACUUGCUGGCAGUGCGUGAGGCCACGCGUUGGGCCACCGACUACGCUCGCGAAAACGGCCCCUUGGUGCUCGAGAUGGAGACCUACCGUUACUCGGGCCACUCCAUGUCCGACCCCGACACGACGUACCGCACGCGCGAUGACAUCAAGAAGAUGCGCACAGAUUUUGACCCCAUCACCAUGAUGAAGCACCGCAUGAUUGAGGCUCCGAAGAGGAGAUCAAGGCCAUUGAUAAGGAGAUUCGUGAUUCAGUCAACGCUGAGGCUGACGCGGCCCUCGAGGCGCCUCCCUCAUCCCUCUCCGACCUGACAGCCGACAUCUAUGCCGAGGUUUGAACCCUGGCCUGAUUUCUGCCGGUCUUUUUGGACCUGUGCCCUGCCCCUCUUGCAUUUCGCCUCACGCUCGGCCCGUGUUGCCUUUCCCUUUAGCCUGUGACCAACGUUCGCGGCUGCGACCCCUUCACGUUCCACUAAGCGUCUCUUCCUUUCUCUUCCUGCUGUCCUUUUUAACAACCCAAUGUGCGACAAAUCAUAUC